AUGGCAACUCUCGUAGACCACCCAAAGGGCGUUGACAACAAUAUCCCACUCCCGGAGUACUCACCAGCGGAAGGACUACAGCUCGCCGAGCUCACGCCGUCCACUUCAACAUCCAGCCUCCCGCCAACAUAUGACGAUGCCACGGCAUCCGUAUCGUCGGCCGUCGUAGCCAGAGACGCAUAUGCAUCAGGCAGCCUACCGCCAACGACCACAACAGGUUUCACCCCGACAGUCCAAUUCCAGAUUGAGACAACGGGGAAACAGUGGCUUUCAUUGCCUACCGGGACCCCUCCGGUUCCAAUCCCCGUCUAUAGGGUCGAGGCCGGGUCGUGGACCGAGCAGUCCACGCCGGCAUACGUCUCCCUCCGCUUUUCUCGCAAAGAUAGUAGCUGUCACCUGAUGCACGGCGAUGACCAGUCGCAGAUGCCCGUGUGCACGACGCUAUAUCGCUUCGGUCCGGGUAAACCCCCGGUGUUCCGUUUGCCGAGAGAGAAUUCUUCGGGUUCGGCCUCAGCAGGGUCUCCUCUGUCUUCUCCUUUGCCCAAUACCGAAGACCAGGCCUUCCACGCCGAUACCUCCAAGGCAGAGGAGCCAUCGGUUGAGAAAAACGAACUGGACCUGCCAAUCGUUUCAAAGUCCCUUACCUCGCGCACUCAGGUCCUCAAGACCCCGCACGGCACCUUCCAGUGGCGCUACGCCUCCCGCGAAGAGCGCGCCACCGUAGAAGGGGCAGACAGUUUGCUCGUCUGCGAGCUCGUGCAGAAGGUCAGCCCGGAGGGCGGGAGGAAACCUGAGGAGAAGACGAGGAAGAUCGCACAGCUCGUGCGCGGAGAGGGGACGAGGAGUCAGGGCAGUGGGCGGAGCACAGCUGGAAACGGCGGCCGGCUGAUGAUUGACCUUUUCAGGUGGACGGAUUUGAAGGACGGAGGAAGGGAGGUGGUGGAGCAUCUCGUUGUCGCGAGUUGUAUAUGCAUGUUGAAGAAGGAGGUCGACCGGAGGAGAAUGCAACAGAUGAUGAUUCUCGGAAUGGGCGCCACUGGCUUUUGA